AUUUGGACCAAAGAGACUGAGUCCCAACAUUGAACAAAGAUGGCGGCCAGAGAGGGAAAAGAGGUUGACUUUUCUCAAAUUAAAAAUAAGCAAAGACGGAGUUCUCUCUACCAGAAAGAAAAGCUCAAGAAAGCAAAAGAAAAAAGGGAUAGAAAACGUAAACGAAAACAGGAGGAAUCACAGGAAGAAGGAGAGCCUAAACCAAAGCAAGUUCCAAGAACUAUUGACAACACUCGAGUUGCUGAUGAGACCAUUGUAGAGCCACAGGAUGAGGAGGUCUUAAAUGAUGAAGAAACUGAUGAGUUUGCGGCAUACUUUAGAUGCGAGGUAGUACCCAAGGUUCUUAUCACAUCAAGUGACAGAUCAAAAGUGAAAACAGUACAGUUUAUGAAGGAACUUCAACACAUCAUCCCAAAUUCCGAGGUCCGUGUUCGGAAGGGUAUAGAUUUGAAGAAAAUUAUUCCUCAAGCUAAAGAAAAAGGAUUUACAGCUCUUGUUGUUGUCAAUGAAGACAAAAAAAUGCCAAAUGGAAUAGUGAUAAGUCAUUUACCAGAUGGACCAACUGCACACUUUAAAUUGACCAGCGUGAAACUUGGCAGGACAAUCAAGAACCAUGGUCGUAAGACAAGCCACAGACCAGAGGUUAUACUCAAUAACUUUAGCACACGUCUUGGUCAUUCUGUGGCUCGUCUUCUAGCUGCCCUCUUCCCUUAUGAUCCCCAGUUUCAAGGCAGACAGUGUGUUACUUUUCAUAACCAGCGAGACUUCAUUUUCUUCAGACAUCACAGGUAAUCACUUCAAGUUUGAUGAACCAUCAUAAAG